CUCGGAUCCGGACCCAAAUCCGCCCGCAUUUUCGCUUCGUCCGCAGCUAGCCAGCCACCGCGCAGCACGCCGGGAAAGGAGAGACGACACCAGCGCCAUCGCAGAUCGUCGCUAUGGCCACGGACUCCGCCGCCGCCGCCGCCGCCGCCGCCGCCGCCGCCGUCUCGGACGACUUCGCCAUCGGAUGCUUCCUCUCCAUCCAGACCACCUUCGGUGACGAGUUCGAGGCCCAGGUCGUCGCCUUCGACGCCCCCUCCAACAUCCUCGUCCUCCAGGAGGGUUCCAAGGCUGGGUCUCGGCGGAACUUGCGGCUGCUCAAGGCGGAUUACAUCAAGCAUUUCACCUUCCUGCGCCACGGCGAAGACCCGCUCGAUCUCAGCAAGUGUUACAUUGAUCUCGACACCGUGCGAGCUCGAGAGCAAUCGGCAUUGAGGCAGGCCGAAGCGGGGGCCGAGAGGAUAGGAGUGGGUGUCACCAGCGAGGCUCAAAGCAUCUUCGAUGCACUGUCUAAAACGCUGCCAGUGCGCUGGGAUAAGAGUAUCAUAGUUGUGUUGAAUGAAGUGCGUGUCAGCAGCCCAUAUGUUCCUGAAUCUGUUAGUGGAGGAACUUCCAUUGCCAACGAACGGGUUAAGAAAGUGUUGGAAUUGGAGAGGAAGAAAUUGCAAGUGCGUCCGACACAGUGAGCUUCUCUGCAUACUCAAAUUCAUGGGUUUCUACCAACUCUAGGCGGAUUUGCCAUCCACUGGCAAGGGAAAUCUGAGGGCUGCAACAAGGAGCAAUGUCUUCUUUCACCUAUCAAUGUCAGGUUUAGUUGAUCUGCAUCAAAUAAUCUCUUGUUCACUGUGAGAUGGGUGUGCAGAUGGAGAAGACUCGAGACAGUUCCGUUGAGCUUUGAUGAUGAUUAAAGACAUCUGUCUGCUGUAUGCCUCUUGUAUUUUGACUUGGAGAGUUUGUGUAACGGUAUCUGCUACGAUGUUGUGUGACUCGUGAUGGUAGAGAUGUGCUGAAGAAAUUGACGACAUGUUAGAAGCUUACACAGGUGAGCCGCAGUUGUUCUGUUGCCUUCUUUGUUGUGGAAUCAGAUCAACCUGUGGUGCAGAUACAACAUCGAAGCUUUAUAUUAUACCUGUCUAUCUGGUAUUGUGUGUUGUCUGUAGAAGAUUUACUAUGUUAUUCCGUGGUAUGCUAUGCUCAUAUCUUCAUGCCU